GGGCACUAAUGGGCCAAUGGCAACGGCAGCGGCGACUUCUAGAAAUAGCAGAUUUCCUGAGGGGUUCAAUAUGAAAAAAUACAACGGAUUCGUGCCACUGCCAGCCCCCAACCCCGCCUCGCGGCCUUCGCCUCCGUCUCCGGCAGGCGGCGAACCAGCGCCGGGGGAGAAGGCGGUCGCCAACCAUGAGCACCACGGGUGGAAGCCCGGGGACUCCCUCGAGGCCGCGGCUAUCCGCUCGAGGCCAUAGCGGAGGAAGCCCGGGUACUCCCUCGACCUCGAGGCGUCGCGCCUCCGCUCGAGGCCACAACGGCGUACUCGCGCAGGUCUCUGAAGCUGAGAUGGAAGAGGAAUCGUCUGUGCAUGCCCAAGAACAAACAGAGAAGAUGAAGAGGGUGGCGACACGUUCUCUGGAUAAGGCAGCGGCAUAUGCUGAAGGUGCAAUUUCAGGAUCCUUGAAUGAGUCACUGCUUAUGCCCCAGUCAACAUGGAACUCAAAUGUGACACCCACUCUGUCAAGCACACCUACUCCGGCAAUUGGUACAGAUAUGGCAGCAGUGACAAACCCACCUAUGCCCAAGGAAGAGGAUGAAACUUGGAACAAGCGCCAAAUAAUGUACAUACUCGUGCUUACUACUGCAGUGGGUCUGGUGUUCUUGAUCUAUCCACUGUUGCCCCCGGUCUAUGAUCCCUUGAUCCUACCAGUGGUAGCUGCAAUGUGGGGUGUGGGCAUUGUUGGCUUGCCUUAUGGUCUGUACGGCACUUCCAGAUGUGAGAAGGAUUGUAGCCGACAUGUCGGUUGGCUAAUCUCCACAUUGUUUGCAGUAUUCAUGAUUUACUGUUUCUAUCUUAUGGCUGUGCGUACCACUGGCACUUCCGCACCCACCCCUUCUUCAUCACACUUGGAGGGUGAUCAGACAUCUACUGAUAGCAGUUAUGAGCUCUGGUGGAGGGUGGCCUUUGGCGUGGUCGGUUGCUACGUGCUUGCAGGAUACCUAUGGGCUUGGUUUAGGGGAUGCUGGACCGGCGGCGACAGAGAUAUAAGCCCCUAGCACAUGGAUCCGUAGGAUGCUAUUUUGAUUCAUAUGUGCAGGAGUUGAGAAGUAUACUGAGAGGCAGUGACUAGCAGGACCAGGGUUUAGACUUUAUACAUGUGUAGGAUGCGUGCAUACUAUUUUGCAUAGUGGUGGUUGAUGUUGAUAGAAUGGUAGUACUCUGCUGCCCAAGAUUUUGGUUCCAUUGUAUGUUCUUCAGAUGGGGAGGCCGGCUAUUUUAGCACUUGGUUGUAGUUGUUGACUUGUAGUGAUGGAUAUAACAUGGCCUACACUUGCAGUGGUUCCGUUA